AUGGAGGAAAGCUCAACUUCAACUUUGAAGCUGAUGAUAGAGAAAGGACCAAGAGAAGGGGAAACUCUACAAUAUCCAUCGGGGAUUGUCGUCAAAAUCGGCCGUGUAGUUCGUGGCAAUACCAUCGGAAUCAAAGACGUCGGCAUCUCUUCCAAACACAUUUGCAUCAAAUUCGAUAAUGAAUUGUGCAGAUGGGCUCUUUCUGAUCUUGAUUCUUCGAACGGUACUAUUUUGAAUGGGCAAAGUCUUAGGCCUUAUGUUCCUGCCGGUCUCAAGGACGGUGACUGUAUUAAGAUCGGCGAGUUAACGUCAAUUCUUGUGAGGAUUGGAGUUGAAGCAACUAUUCGGUCGGAAAGGAAACCUAGGCGGCAAGGAAAAUCUGGAGCUGGAGCUGGAGCUGGAGCUGCUGCUGUUGUUAAGAGUGAAAGGAGCGGGUUAGGGUUAGGGUUAGAGCUUGAUGGGAAUUUGGGUAAAAAUGCGGUCGAGGCACCGGUAGAGAAGCGGAACUUGCGUACUAGAGCUAAGAAAGCCGUGGAUUUGAAGAAUGAGGUGGAAAGCUUGAGUUCAAAGAGGAUACUGAGAAGUUCCAGGAAGGAAGAGAAGGUGAGUUUCGUUCCUACAUUGAAUGAAAUCCCUGAAGGUUUGAAUCUAGAAGAAACAAAAGCAACAGACCUUAUUGUUCCCGUAGAAAGUAAAAAGACACGAGAGAGGAAGAGGAAGCUGCCAGUUCAACUUCCUCAGGAUCCUGAUAGUGUUGUUCCAAUAGAUGGUAGAAAAACUCGAAAAGGGAGAAAGGGUUUGCCAGUGGAGCCAUUGGAAAAUGUACAAAACAGUGGUUUGGACGAUAAUUUAAACAAGGCAGAGGAAUCUGUUCGAGUUGAUGCGGCCGAGCAGCCAAAAUCAACACAAGGAGCUUAUGAAGCAAAGGAGGCGGCAUGUGAUAAAUAUCCAGUGGAUCCAUUGGAGAAUGUAGAAAACAGUGGAAUGGAAAGGAAUUUGGACACCACCAAUGGAUCUGCUCAAGAUCUUGUGGCAGAGAAAUUGGUGUUGAUGCACGAAGGUUGUGAAGGAAAGGAAGCCGCUGUUGAUAGAAGUUCACCAAAGGGUUCAUCAGAAUUAGCACAUCAAGUUCAUGUGGAUAAGGGAAAGGAAGUUGCAGAGGAGUUAGAAUAUAGGCAAAAUGGUUGUGAGGAUCUGGUGAAGGACAUUGGCUCUGAUAGUAGUCAGUGGCUAGAUUUGGAGAAGAUGACACUAGGGGAGUUUUUUGAUUGCUUGAAAGGGCAACUGCCUAAAGAGAUAUAUGAGAAGUCAGAAAAAAUCCUUUCACAUCUUAAAGAGAAUGCCCGAAAAUGUCACGAGUUUAGGCUUCAAAGAAAUGAAAUACGGUGAGGGUAAACAAGCUAUGGGCUAGACAAAGGAUGAUUGCAAAGAGAGUCAAGCUUAUUUGGUAAUUAAUUAUCUAACUUCCAGCUCUUAAAUUCCUCACAGUAUCCGAAGCUACAUUCCUGUUGUAUCUGUUGGCUCUUUGUUUUUUUAUGGAAUUGAUGCCUGGCUUUUGGUUGACCAUGCCCAUUGAGUCCAAAUUCACUGACACAAACACCAGGCAAAGCUUUGGUGUGGCCCACACAGAGGAUGUUAUCAACUAGAGCUUGAACCUGGGGAUUGAGAUGUGAAGUACCCAAUUUGUUGCUAGCUUGGCAACCCUUGGGGGUUUGUUAGCCCUUGAUCUCUUGCACUUGCUUGAGAUCAAAGCUGGAACAACUGAUUAGGCCUAUGACAAAUUAGUUUUGAUUGUGCUACAUGUUGUUAUAAAUGCAAUGGAACUUUA